GUCGAUUAAAUCCAAGAAGUAGACAACUUAAACAGAUUCGAAGCUUGUGCAAAUGUGAGCAACUAAAAGUAUUACAUGAAAUUAAAAAUAAUCCAAGCACUAUGCUUAAUCACACAAUUUCAGUUUUUGUGCAACUAAAUGAUAAUGAUUUUAAUAAUGCAAUAAAACAAAUCUGCGAAUCUUGGGAAAUAAAUACUCAAAUUCAAAGAAAACGCAAUGAUAUGAUUAUUCAAAUCUGUAACCUACCAGAUCAACAAGUAUUCAAUGCAUCUACUCUCUUUCAAACAAUGACUUAUCCUCGGGGAAUUCAUAAAGGAGAAAUAAUUUCUACACAUCUACAAAAAAAGGCACUCAAGUUCAUUGAUUCUAGCAUUUAUAAACAACACUAUACUAUUAAUGCAUUAGAAUUGAG